AUGGUGAAGAAGAAGUCGCUGCACGAGGAGCUCAAGGCGCUGCUGAGUGGUCCAGCACCAGCGGAGCAGUACGACCCCGACGCAUUCGACGAUCAUCAGGCUGAUCUAAAAGGCGCAGACGAUGAUGAUGAGCUUGAUGAGUUCGAACAAGUUCAGCCGAAUGAGCGAGCCCAGAGCGCCAAAGAGAAACUUCCUUACAGAGCUAGCAUCGAUAUCGACGAUGAAGAGUACAAGGGCAAAGCUGUGUCAAGAAAACAAGUUUUUGGGGAUCGAGGCGAUGAUAAUGACGAUGACGAUGAUGGCUUAGAAGAUGAAGAUGACAGCGAUGCCAGACAGGAUGAUGACGAUCGGAGUGAUGAGGAGGAAGAAGGUGAGGACGAGGACGAGGACGAGGACGAGGACGAGGACGAGGACGAGGACGAGGAAAAGAAAGAAUUAACCAGAACAGCUGAGGAAAUCGAAGCAGAACAUCAGGAGAAUGUCCUGAAGCUUGUAGCAGUGCAGGAAAAAGAUCAAGACAAAGCUGCACAUGCUAGAAAUCAGCGCGCUUUGACAGACUCUUUCCUGGAAUCAAGGAUCAAGCUGCAAAAGCCACUCAGCUGGGCAGCUAGAAUUCCGACCGAUCCAGUCCUCAAUUUCUUUGCAUCCAACAAUCCUAGAGUUGAAGAGCAACUUCGAGGCUGUUGUGAGGAAGUCAUGAGUUUGAUCGACGAAUUGGUUUCUCUACGAGCUCUCUUGUGGGAGCAAAACCCUCAAUUACCCAAACCGGACGAAUGGAGCAGGGCAUCAGAAACCUUCACUUUUGACAGCUCACCAGGCCAGAAGCGAAAAUAUGCUGAGCACAUCUGGGAUAGAAUCUCCGCUGCAGAUUCUUCCUUGGAGCCAUUUCGAGACAUGACCAUUGACAAGUGGAGCUCAAAGGUGAAGCUCGGGCACGGAAGCGGAAUCGGCAACCAAUUCAAAGCUCUGAAUCAAUCUAUCUUGUCUCAGACUCAACUUGUCAUGCAAGACCUUGACAGACUGGUCCGUCGAACUCAAGUGAAGAGGAGCUCUUAUAAAGUAUUCGGAUCGGAUCUGUCCAUUAAGAAGUCCGAGGGUACAAAAGAUGCUCCAGAAACUGCCGAUGGACCAACAAACGACGAGAAUGUGCAAGAGAGCGCGAGGAGAUCACUCAAGGAAGAGUUAGAUGAGGAGGCUUACGACGACACAGACUUUUAUCAGCUGCUUCUUAGAGACUUGAUCGAGUCAAGCUCGCAGUCUCAAACUGCAGAGCUGCAGGCCCAGCUCCGUGCAGCAAGAAAGAAGGCAGGGAAAUCAGGGAGGGUUGUUGAUACCAAGGCGUCGAAAGGCAGGAAGUUAAGGUACGACAUCCAACCCAAGUUGGUCAAUUUCAUGUUUCCACUGCCUGACAGGCGCCCAGGAUUUGCCGACUCGCUAUUCGAAAAUUUGUUCAAGUCAUAAAUGGCUCACUCGAAAACGG